AUGCAAGAAGAAAAUCAACAAUUAUUGACAACAUUAAGUUAUUAUAAUCAACAAUGUGAUACUGAAAUAACAAAUUAUUCCUUAAAUGAAGAUCUCGAAAACGACGAAAGUCAUGAAUACGAAGAUGAUGAAAACAUUAAAGAUUUAAUCAUUGAUGAAAAAAUUGAAUCUGAAAAUAGAGAAUAUUACAUAAAUAAAAUCAAAGAUCUAAUUGAAGAAAGCGAUCUAAAUGUUAAUUAUUCUAUGGAAAAAAUUAAUUCAGGUGAAUUCAGUGAAGUGUUUAAGGCAACUCAUAAAAUAACAAAUAAAGUUAUUGUUAUUAAAUCGAUUUCAAUAAGGGAUUCGAAAUUUCUAAAUAUUUUAUAUAAUGAAGUAUUAAUUAGUAAAGUAGCAAGACAUUCAAACAUAAUAAUAAAUUACACCCAAUAUAUUAAAAAAGAUCAUAUUUAUUUGUUGAUGGAACAUUGUGAAUUUGGUUCUUUAUACAAUAUUAGAAAUAAGAAACCAAAUAAAAAAAUGAACGAAAAAGAAGUUUCUUUUAUAGUGAAAGAAGUUUUAAAAGGUUUAAAUCAUUUGCACUCUAUUGGAUUCAUACAUAGAGAUAUUAAGGCACAAAACAUUUUAGUCAACUCUGAAGGAAAAAUAAUAAUAG